UUUUUCUCAGUUGCUUUGGUGCAUUUCUCACAACAGAAUUAAACUUUGCACAAUAGUUAGUUCAACCUCCACAACAUGUAGUCGUUUUGGCACAACCUUGUGGCGGUUUCAUGUUCAUUUCGUCCAAAGGCAAAUGCCUUUGGACAUGAAGCAGUUGAGUAAGUACAAAUAUCUAAAGAAUGGUCACUUUUGACUUGCUAUUCAUCACUAUCUCCUUGCUUUUAUCAUGAAUGUCACAAUUAUUUAUACUUGUACCGCCUGAAUAGUCAUUGUCCAUACAACUAAUAGUCUUCAUUUCAUUGCUUGUGUCAGUGCACUCAAAAUUGUUGAACAUCUUGUCAAACAAUUUGUACACCCAUUUUGAAAACCCUAUUUUUAAGGAGUUUCCAUGAAAAUCUCCAUAAAUUACUUUUCUCAGGUGAACCUUAUCUCACACUAAUGAAAAUUGGUGUGUGUUACUCUUACUUGCAACCAAUGAAAAGCCUCUUCUACCCAGUCACAGGUGAAUCGCGUUACAGUAUCCCCUACUCUACAAGUAUAUAUAUAUAAUGUAAACCAACAGACAGGAUUGGCAUGAGGUGCAUACUGAAUCUACAAAACUGCAGAACAUGGAACGUCAGCCUUGUGGAAGAGGGUGGAGGACGAGGACAAAACCGGGUAAGAAGAGGCCAACCACAUAGACACGUUCCUGACGAAAUCAGGGCAACACUUGUGGAUCAUGUGAUAAACCAUGGCCUCACAAUGGCCGAGGCUGGUCGAAGGGUGCAGCCAAAUGUUGGGAGAACUACUGUAAGUUCUAUUAUUCAGACAUUUCGUCGGGAAAACAGGACUGCCAGACAACCUAGAAGAGGUGGAAGAGGUCCACUUUUGACUCCGCAGCAAGAGGAAAGAAUUUGUGCAAUGGUGGCUGCAAACAACGCUUUGAGACUGAGAGAAAUGCAAAGAACUGUCGUAGAAGAUGACACCAUCUUCGGAAAUAUUCAGUCAAUAUCAGUUUCCACCAUAGACAGAGUCCUCAGACGGAAUGAAAUGUCCAUGAAGCAAGUGUACAAAGUACCAUUUGAACGGAACAGUGAUCGAGUGAAGGAGCUCCGUCACCAGUAUGUACAGCGUAUCCUGGAAUUGGAGGCCAGGGAACCCCUGCACACGUUUGUAUAUCUUGACGAAGCGGGAUUCAAUCUCGCAAAAGGCAGACGGCGUGGACGAAAUCACAUUGGAGAAAGAGCCACCAUUGAUGUCCCAGGCCAACGAGGAGGAAAUAUUACAAUGUGUGCCGCAAUCUCAGGAAAUGGCGUUCACACCCAUAUUCCUCGUAUUGGUGCAUACAAUACACAACACCUGUUGGCUUUUCUGGACGCUCUUUAUAGGGACCUAAUCCCACAAAAUGAAAGGGAUGAUCCUGGUGACAAUCGGACAAUGUAUGUAGUGGUUUGGGAUAAUGUUAGCUUCCAUCACUCUGCUGUAGUCAGGCAGUGGUUUGCAGCACACGACAGGAUGCUUAUGGAGUUUCUUCCUCCUUACACUCAUUCCUAAAUCCAAUUGAGGAGUUUUUCUCUUCCUGGAGGUGGAAGGUAUAUGACAGGCAUCCACAUACCCAAAUGACCCUGCUAGCAGCUAUGGAUGCAGCUUGUGAUGACAUCACAGCAGAGUCCUGCAGAGGGUGGAUUCGACACUCCAGAAGAUACUUUCCCCGAUGCAUUGAUAGAGCUGACAUUCGCUGUGAUGUUGAUGCAAAUAUGUGGGCAGACAGACGGGAGCGUCUAGAUAUCAAUGAUUGAUAUGCAGCAGUGUCUGUUUUUUCAGUUGUUGUUUUGUUUUUGUUUCAUAACUACUGCAGUAAGGUUUACUGUCUAAGUGAGUUUAUGUUUGCUGUAAAAUGUUUGAUUUACUGUAUUUCCCCAGUUGCACAAUGCUGUGCACAGUUUCAAUUGAAUAUUAUCAAGAGUGCAUAUGAAGUGUCUUGAGUUUCCUUUACAAUUUAUGGUUUUCAACAUGCCAUGCAUGCUGUCCAGACUUGACAUGUCAUUGGGAAGCACCUACAAAGAAAUCAGUCACAAUAAGAACAUGUUCAAACCAUUUGAUUUUGUGACCAAAGGUGCUGGUGUACUGACUUGUAAUUGUGACAGCCCAGACACUUUGAUAUAAGUACUGACUUUUGAUGAAUAUAUAAUCUGUUUUGAUUAAGGGACUUGCUUUGGAAGCAUUGACUACUUAUUUUGAGCAACUGACUUGCUUUUGAACAACUGACUUUUCUUUUUGAUGAAGUGACUCACUUUUGCAAGUUAUCCACCAUGUUUUGCAGUUUGCACUAAUUGUUUUGUGAAGAGCCUUAGUAGUGGUGCAGAGAUCAAUUCUGUUGUGAGAAAUGCACCAAAGCAACUGAGAAAAACUG